GUAGCCGUUGGAAAAGGCAAAGACUCUGCCUUUGCCCAUGCCUGUGGCUGUGGCUCCGAUCGUUUACUUCCAUAUAUAAAUAUAAAUAGAGCUUAGAGAGAGAGAGAAAGAGUGCGUUAAGAAGAAGAUUCUGUUGUUAAGUUUACACCAUUUUUAUUGUUAAAUUCAUUUCCAUGAUCAUUGAGAUUACGAGAAAUAGAACGUUUAUUAAUCUCAUCUUUCUUUCUUUAAUUAUUAUUAUCUUAUAAAUAUUUAUUGCUAGCGUUUGAUUUGAUCAGCUUUUUUUUUCAAGGCUAUUAUUGAUCGUGUUAUUAGAAAGAUCAUCGGCUAAUUUGUGUAUAAUUUUUUUGAAUUAUAAUUAGUUAUGGAAGCAGUGAUUAAUGUUGACAGGUAUUACUCUUCAUCAACAAUUGAGUACAACAACAACAAUAACAAGAAGCAAGUGAUGAUCAAAAGAACAACCCCAAGAAAGAACAGCCGAAUUUCUUCUGGCUAUUAUAUCAAUAAACCAUCUGAAAACAUAGCUCCGGCAACGGUCAACGGUUCCGGCAUCAUCCAACACCUUCCUUCUAUUUACCUGUUUAAUAAUAAUAAUAAUAACUCAUAUCAUCAACGACAACAAAACCCACCUUUGCUUCCUCUACCAAUUCUCCCCUUCUCUUCUUCAUCAUCGCCAAUAAACAGAGGCCUCUCAUGCCCUCUUCUUCCUCCUCCAACAAAUACCAGAAAGACAAACAGAGACCAUUCCCUCACACCCAAGAAAUCAAAAUCAAAACCAACAUCAGCCAAAGUUUCCAGCUUGAUGAUGAAAUCAUCAUCCCAAUCUAUGGUAAUUGCUUCAACCAACAGGUUAGGACCCGAUCCAAAUGACCUUCCUAAGGCUUUAACCACUAAAAAGAGUAGUAGUAGUGUUUGUUCUGUUGUUAAUCUUGUGGAAGAUCUACACACGUUUUCUGGUUCUGUGUUUAGCCUAGCUCCACCGCCGAGCAGCCUUCCUCUACCGAGGUUUUCACUUAAGCCCAAGCUCAGCUGCAACGCUGAAGCUGCAGGAAUUGAUGCCGGUGCCACUGAUAAUCUCCGUCGGCUACUUCGUCUUCGGUGAACUCCCCUCUCUCACUCUCCCACUGCCACUUAUACUCACUCUACUGUGCUUUUGGAGUGUAAAUAAAAGAAUCAGAACUAUGAGGUGUUGUUAAGCCUCACUGAUUCUAAUGGAAGCUUUUUUUCUUUUUUGUGGGUGUAUUUGUGUUAAUCACCACCUGUGUUUUUUGAUCGGGUGAGUGUGCACAGAUAAAUCUUAUUAGGUAGAAAAUGUUUUUCUUUUUUUUUCUUAAUCACUCAAUAAUUUGUCAAUAAAAAUCUACUUCUUAUGAA